AUGGCUAGGUUUGCAGAGGCCGAAAGUGCUGCCGAGAGGCUGAACUGGUCGAAACCGACCUCGGCUCGUUGCAUCUCGACCAUGAGAGAUAAAGAUUCUUCCCAAUUGCCGUUGUCACCACAAUUGGCGUACAUUGAGAUGAGCGAGUUUUUGACAUACUCGUCCGGUUCGAAUCCGGAAAGCAAUGCGUGUGCGUGUAAUGGAGUUCCGAAAGUUCGGAGGUUGCGCGUGUCGCAACAAGAUCCGAGCAAGGCAUUCCAUGUAACUAACUCCUUUUCGUGCAUACGUAAGAAAAAUUUCUUAGCUUCGCACGUGGCCCCGCAUUUUCCAUACAUAGUGACCAAUGCAUUCCCGACUGUUGUGUUUUGGUGGAGUCCGGACGUGACUGCGAGUGAGUGGACGAUUUUGCCCUCGGACAGAAAUUUGGCAUUAGCACAGGCAGACAGUGCGCUUGCGAAAGUAACGAAAUUCGUGAAGUUUCCCAUCGUGAUUAAUUCCCUGAACACGCGCAAGGCGUCUAAGAACAUGCCUUCCGAGACAUAA